UUUUCUCUUCCCAUUGUCGCAGUAAGGCGUAGUUUGUGGAUAUUCUUACACCGUCAUCCCAAACCCCAACUCGAGGCACCGCCAACAGCCUACAGCCGGUUUCCCAACGGAGAUUACCGGCUAGUUCCAUUCUAGAUCUCUCUAGUAUUAAAGUUCCUCUGGAUUAGCUUUGGCUCCCAAAGUUUCUUCGUCCCGGGAACUGGAAAAUUCUCCAAUUUCUCAUUUUUCAUUGAAGUCUAGUUAGGUUUUGGGAAAUGGCGGAUGAUGAGAAGGAGGGAGAGGGCACACCAUCCCGUGGAGCUGAUUGGGAAGUUGUCUCUCUAACUGCAUCUACCUAUGCUGCUGCACCUGGUCCGAAAGAAUUUGACCUAGCUGAUGAGAAUAAAGGCAAGGAGUUCAACAAAAGUCAAAGUGAAUCUUCUGGUGCAUUAUUUAUGUCCGGUCACUUUGUAUUUCCACCAAGUGAGCAUGAGAAUCUACCAAUAGAGCUAGAAUUCAAUGAAAUUGAAGCAGAGGGUCAGAAAAGCAUUGCUGAGGAUGAUAAUGAAGCCAAUAAAAUGAGUGAAGAAAAUGUGCAAAGUAAAUCUGACAAUCCCCCUCAUGGAAUUCAGUAUGGUAUGGAGUGUGAAGAGGGAAAGGGAUUGCAAAAGGUAAAUUUGAUUGGUGAAGAGCAGGAUAUGUAUCUGGGUCCUGAAUUUAGUACUUUUCGUGCUGAAACUGGUAGAAGUGAGUCAGUGCCUCAUAUUGAGAGCAGUGAGUUCUAUGAACAUUCUCCCCAAAAUUUGGACUCUCCUCCAAAGUAUGCAAAGAAGAAUGAAGAGGAUAAGUCUGAUGAAUCUGGCCUUCCUUGUGAAGCAUGGUGGAAAAGGCAUGCAGCAUCUUUGUAUCGUCACGCAAAGGAGGCUAACACAUUUUGGUCUGUCUGUGUGGCUGCUGCUUUAAUGGGGCUUGUAAUUCUUGGGCAGCGCUGGCGGCGAGAAAAAUGGCAGCUACAUCAACUUAAAUUGCAGUUUAACAUCCAUGAUGAGGUAAGCUGACAUCGUUGCUGGGAAUAUGACAGGAAUAGUACUAUGAAGGAAAUUAGAAUGAGCAGGAUGCUAGGACCAAUAGGUCGAUUCAAAGAUGUUCUGGUGGGUGGUCACCAAAGGAGCCUCCAUAAUGGUGGUGCAUCAGCCAGCCUUUGAGUCGGUAAUGAUGACGAUGAAAAACAUGUAGUAUUUUGUGCAAGAUGGAUUUUUUCAGGAAGCCUGGGAAUGUUUUUUUAUGUUUGCGACUCCGAGGAGACACCACACUUUCCCUGUUGUUAUGGUUAUCUUUUCGCACACAGUUUUUAUGUCAAUUAUCCUGACCUCCUGCUCUUUCUCAUGGAUGUACGUGGCUUUCUGAAGGAGCUAAAAUGGUAAAUCCAUCGGUUGGCUUGGCUGCCAUGGUCUUGCUGGAGGCAACCUUUAUAAGAUUAUGAAUAGAAUUUAUAUAUUAG